AUGUCUUACGAUGACGGACUCAAUAGUGAGUUGGUUGAAAACGCCGUUCACGCAAAACUGUCAGCUUAUGAAAUCAGUAACCCUAGAGUAUGGUUUAUCCAACUAGAAUGUUACUUCCGUUUCCGCCGAAUUACCUCACAGCAGACCAUGUUUUCUUACGUGGUUUCUCAACUCCCGACUGAGGUUGCCGCGGAGCCUUGCAUGCGGGAAGUCAUUGACGACGCAACCUUAAAGCAGUUGUGGCUGCAUUGUCUCUCCUUCAGCACUCGCCAAAUUCUGGCUACCCAGUCAAGUGUCCCUCCGUCUUCACUCACUGAGACGGCAGAUAAAAUCCACGAAUGCUUUGCCGACCGUUUUAUAGCCUCAACCUCACAACAGCCCAUGCAGCGCGACGACAACCCGUUUUAUGGCAGGCCUCGAUCGAAUGCAGGCGCAAAUCGAUCAAAUGAUGACCACGGUAAACAAGGUAGUCCCCACAGCGGCGCGGACUAA